AACGAGAACAAUAAGAUGUCGAACGUAAUUUGGUGGAUUUUUCAAAUGGUCAUAAUUUUGCUGAGUUAUACUCACGGUGAAAAUGUAGAUUCGAAAUGUCCAGGACCGCUUGCAUACUACAAAGCACUAGGUUGUAAGCCAGUGUAUGAGGCUACUACGGAUGAAUGUCCUUACAGAUUCGAUUGUGAUUUUCUCAAGGCAAGAUCACGCGAUAAAUGUUAUGUGAACGGCAAAGCGUAUAGCCUUGGUGAACAUUUAAGAGAUGAAGACGCUAAUCCUUGUGACAUUGGUUGUGUAUGCCGAAUGGGAUAUGACGGAGUAGCUGCAUUUGUUUGCGCAGAACUCGAAUUUUCUUCCGUAGUGCUACCAGGAUGCUACGAAAGAAGAAGUCCAUUGGAUUGUAAUUCGAGUGAAACAGUUUGCCCUGAAAAUCCAGAAGACAGACCUACAUGUAUAGUGAAUGGCACCACUUAUAAGGACGGUGAAUACUUCACGACUACUGAUCCCGAACAGACUUGCAUUUGUGGUCCUGGAUACAAAGGUGAAAACAUUGAACCAUUCUGUGCGUACCCGAAGCGUCCCUACUGUGACCCCUAUUUUAAUCAUGCAAGCGAUAUCGUUGAAAAUUGUGCCCCAGUAUAUUAUAGCAAUCAGUCACCACAGACGGAUUGCAGCGUAUUUUCUCGUUGCCAAAACAAAGACGACAAAAUUAUCCGACAUGGGGGCAGCGAAUUAGACAAAUGUCAAUUUGGCUCACUGGUCUUAUCGAUGGGUGACGAAUUAAAUCAAUCCACAGACUACAGUUCGGUUUGCGUUAAAUGUGUUUGUGAAGUACCGCCGACUCCGACAUGCCAGCGUUUACCUGACGAAGAAUGUGAUGUGACGAACCAUCCGCCAUUCGUAUCCCAAUAAUGUUUUCGAGUUGCAGAUAAGCGAAUUAAUAAAUGAUACUUAAGAGGGCAGACUAGGUGUGAAGUAGGCUAUAUAUUGAAAAAUUGGUUUUAAAAUUAAUG